AACUCUCCAACUCUCCUGCGGAAGACGUCGGGGUUGCUUUUACACUUUUGAUUUGAAGGCGGUUUGCUUUUGUUUCUUUGGACAGAAAUUCAAUAUGUCAGACGAGCAGCUUCAGGGACUGAGCGAUGAGGCGGCUGAAAAAGCUUGCAAAGAUCCGGAUCCUUUGACAAAGGACUUCAUGAUGCAGCAGACUAUGCUAAGAAUUAAAGAUCCAGUGAAAUCAUUGCACUUCUAUACCAAGAUCCUGGGAAUGACUUUGCUUCAGAAGUUUGAUUUUCCAUCAAUGCGUUUUUCUCUGUACUUCAUGGGCUAUGAAGAUAAGAAGGAUAUUCCACAUAAACUGGAAGAGAGAACUCCAUGGACUUUUUCUCGUCCGGCCACCCUAGAACUGACACAUAAUUGGAGCACAGAGAAUGAUGAUGGUUUUUCCUAUCAUAAUGGCAACUCUGAUCCAAGAGGUUUUGGUCACAUUGGGAUUGCUGUACCUGAUGUCUAUGCUGCAUGCAAGAUGUUUGAGGAACAAGGUGUUACCUUUGUCAAGAAGCCAGAUGAUGGUAAAAUGAAAGGCAUUGCCUUUAUUCAGGACCCAGAUGGCUACUGGAUUGAGAUUCUCAGCCCUAAUACUAUGCUUUCCAUCACAUCUUAGAAGGAGGAGUAUAUAGUGUACUAAGUGGAGUACAGAAGAAGACCUGAGGAUUUAAAUGACUGUAUGCUGUAUUCUAAAGUUGAAUUAAUCAUCUGCCACCCCCCACCCCACCCCUAAAUAAUUAUCUCUUAUGAAGUUGCACAGAAAAACACCUCCGUUAUGUGAUAAACAACCAGCUGAAAUUAGAUGGAUAUGUAAUAAAGUGGCUACCUGGAUGCUUUACUUGGAAAAAGAACACAUUUUUGAAACUCUGGGCUGCCUGGCUGAAGAUUUAGUAAAUUCUCAUCAGUUUCAGUUAACCCUUCAUAACUUUUCUGUACACCCCUGUGGUGCUACUUUAUUUUAAUAGUAAUAUGUUAAUUGGGGUGCUUCUGUAUGGCAAUAAAAUAUUGUCUGUGUAA